AUGGGGCACUAAAUAGAAUAAGUGAAAUAUAUGCCCAUACUAGCUCAAGCUAAUAUGAAUAUCCAUUUUCUUUAAAGUCACUUAUUGAAAUUUUAGGAUUGCAAAACUAAUAGAACAGUUGUUAUUUUACGUUAAUUCUAUUUAAGAGACUGCCAUUCAAAUGCAGUUGGCUUUUCUGGAGAAGAAUUGGAUAAUAAGGAAAAUGACAUUGAGACUGUGAUAGGAGUAGUAAUAGAUAUAGUUAAUACAUAUUUGAAUAAACAACAAACUUGA